AUGGACUCUGGGUUUUGGUGCCUUUUUACUCUGAGUAAGAAAACCUUUACUUUUACUUUAAACUUUUACUUUGUCCUUAUUCAGUAUUAACUGAUGUGAACGGCAGUGGAGAGUUCAAGUACCAGUUUGUUGACUCUUCAGUACCAGGAUGUGUGUUUUUGAAUUAGUGGGACUCCAGCUAAAAUAUUGCUUCGGUUCUCUUUGUGUUCAACUUUAUAUAAAUAUGACAUCAUUCUUCUUCAAACAUUCAAAUGACUUGACCGACUUAUUUAUGUAGGUCACCUCAUAAAGUUGAGUAAAACAGAUUCCUCACUUGUUAACACAUCGUUUCGUAGAGUGAAUAAAAAUGUAUCUCUCCUAAUUACUGUGAUCAUUUGUGUCUCGUUACAGCUUUUUAUUUGAUGGUCUGUAGAAGUGGAGCUCAAACUUUACCAGCAGCCUCAAUAACAUCAAUCACUCCUGCCGACUUCCUUCCUACCACUGCUGCUCCUUUUACAGCUUCUACUACAACAGGAGUCCUACUUACGAGUACACCUGUGCAUAAUGAAACUACUGCAACUCAGAAUGAUACAAACCAAACUCCUGUGCAAAAUUCAACAUCUGCAACUCCAACUACUGAUGAAAUACAUCCAACAGAAGAUUUUAACAGCACAACCAUGGGUCCUCAUCUGAACACUACUACUGCACCUACAGCUGGUCCUACAGCUGGUCCUACUACUGGUCCGAAUUCAAAUUCUACAGUUGAACCAACAGCUGGUCAUACUACUGGACCUGAUUUUAAUGCUACAGAUACCCUAACGGCUGGUCCUACGACUAGUCCCCAUUCAAAUUCUACAGUUGAACCAACAGCUGGUCCUACUACUGGUCCUCAUCCGAAUACCACAAUUGCACCACCAACUGGUCCUACAACUGGUCCUGAUUUAAAUGCUACAGAUACCCCAAUGGCUGGUCUGACUACUAGUACUCAUUCUAAUUCUACUUAUGCACCAACAGCUGGUCCUACCACUGAUCCUUAUCUGAAUACCACGACUGCACCUUCAGCUGGUCCUACAACUGGUCCUCCUUCAAAUUUUACCGAUGCACCAACAGUUGGUCCUACUACCAGUCCUCAUCUGAAUACCACUACUGUACAAACAUCUGGUCCUACAAUUGGACCUGUUUCAACUUCUACUCAUGCACCAACAGCUGGUCCCACUACUAGUCUUCAUCUGAAUACCACAACUGCACCUACAGUUGAUCCCACUACCAGUACUCCUUCAAAUUUUACCGAUGCACCCACAGCUGGUCCUACAACUGGCCCUCCUUCAAAUUCGACAAAUGUACCAACAGCUGGACCUACAACUGGUCCUCAUCUUGAUACCUCUACUGCACAAACAGCUGGUCCUACAACUGGACCUGAUUCAAGUUCUACUCAGGCACCAACAGCUGGUCCUACUACUAGUCCUCAUCUGAAUACCACUACAGCACCAACAACUGGUCCUCAUCUGAAUACCUCUACAGUCCCACCAGCUGGUUCCACCACUGAUCCUUUUUUAACUACACCUUCAGCUGGUCCUCCCACUACUAAUGGACCUACAAAUGAUACCACUUCCAGACCUCCUUCAAAUUUUACUGAUCCACCCACAGCUGGUCCGACUACUAGUCCUGAUUUAAUCUCUACUGAUGCACCAACAGCUGGUCCUACAACCGGCCCUCAGUCAAAUUCUACCACUAGUCCUCAUCUGAGUACCACUACUGGACCUACAGCGAAACCCACUACCAGUUCACCAUCAAAUUUGACUGAUGCACCGACAGGUGGUACGACGACUGGUCCUCAUUUAACUUCUACUCAUGCACCAACAGCUGGUCCUACAACUGGUCCUCACCUGACUACCAAUACAGCACCAACAACUGGUCCUCAUCUGAAUACCUCUACAGUCCCACCAGCUGGUUCCACCACUGAUCCUUUUUUAACUACACCUUCAGCUGGUCCUCCAACUACUAAUGGACCUACAAAUGAUACCACUACCAGACCUCCUUCAAAUUUUACUGAUCCACCCACAGCUGGUCCGACUACUAGUCCUGAUUUAAUCUCUACUGAUGCACCAACAGCUGGUCCUACAACCGGCCCUCAGUCAAAUUCUACCACUAGUCCUCAUCUGAGUACCACUACUGGACCUACAACAAAACCCACUACCAGUUCCCUGUCAAAUUUGACUGAUGCACCGACAGCUGGUCCGACAACUGGUCCUCAUUCAACUUCUACUCAUGCACCAACAGCUGGUCCUACAACUGGUCCUCACCUGACUACCAGUACAGCACCAACAACUGGUCCUACAACUGGUCCUCACCUGACUAUCACUACAGCCCCACCAGCUGUUUCCUCCACUGAUCCUUUUUUAACUACUGCCAUACCAGCUCCUGGUUCUACUACUGUUUUCCUUAAUACUACUACUCCUACUCCAAACUCACCUGUACCCACCCCCGUUUAUAACAUGACUACUGCUGGAAACCUAACCAGCCCUCCUUCCACUGCCCCCCCUCUUCCUCCUACCACUACUGAUCAUUUGCCUACAACUCCUUCUCCCUCUCCUACUUCUACUCAAUUUCCCCCAGCCUCUACAACUACCAGCAGCCCACCCACUACCACCCCUUUAGUUUGUAACAAUGGAGGAGAAGCACUGAACAGUGUCUGUAUCUGUCCUGAUGAAUGGACUGGAGCCACUUGCUCACAAGGUAAGUCGAGGUGGGCAUUAGCAGCAUGGUGCAAAGGUAAACUUAUUUCACUUUUAUUCAAUUACCUUUCGCCUUGUUUAUCUUCAUUUUAUGAAACAUGGUCUUUAAAACACAACCCAUACCACUGACCCAGAUCACAUCAGAUAGUCCAGUGUUGACCGAAACCUAACAAAAAACUUUUGCAAAGUUUAAAAAUUCAAAAACUACAGUUUACAUCCUCUCAAAAUGAUCCCUACAGAAAAUUUUUGCAGAGAACAAGAGCUGAACGGAUUUAAGUUCCCACGGACAACAGUCGGCUGGUUCGCUUACUCUGAGGAGACCUGUCCAAAAGGGACAAGUGGAGGUAAGUUUCUACCAACAUCUAUUAAAAAUAUCUGUCCCAGAAUUUCCAAAAACCAACAUAUCAACUUUUUCUGUUUACUUCACUACCUCCAUUCAGAGGGUAAACCUCAGGCUUCAAUCAGAUGUUCGAACAGGAACGGUCGACCAGACUUUGACCGUCCACCACAGGUGCUCCAGUGUGACCAGACACUCAGCGAUAUUCAGAAAAAUGUGAGAACGCCACUGUAUUUCAAACUUGGCAGAAGAGAAAGAAGAUCGGUCUUGGCACAGUUCACCACCAGUCUGAGUUUAAUGACUGUCUUUCCUUUCUCAGCUCACCAGCCCAGCCGCCCUAGAGACGCUAGCUUCCAGCACUCAGAUUCUGACCUCCAGACCUGAGGCGCUGACGGCCAAAAACGUCACAACAGCAGCUCAGAUUGCUAAUACAUUGCUUUUGUCUCCUAAUGCCACAGAGGUACAAACAACAAAACCAAAGAAGCUAGUUAUGGAGGCUUUUGUAAACAGUGUUAGUGAGAUGUCAGCCCAAAAGAUGCCAUCGUUAACCACAACAGUUCAACCAGGACCCAAGAUACACCGCACACCAAUGACUGACCAAAAAUAUCUCUACAAGUCUAAACUCAGUGAGAUCUGAUGAGAGGUGUGCUGUAUGUUCAUGUUUGUGUUGCAGAGUGUAAGGGUUGCUGCAGUAGCCACAGUCAGCCAACUGCUAUCAGCCGAAGCUCCGGACAGUACAGAGGAAGACAACUCCACCCUGGGGUAAUUGGAUCAGUUUUACUUGUACCGUCCUGCCGGUUUGGGUCAAAGUUAAAGUGAACCGUAUUUGUUCUGUCACAAGGGGAUCUUUGCUGCUGCUCUACCUGCCAUAGCAUUUCAUGUUUUUAUAUUUAAGUGGGUUUUUUGUGUGCAGCCUGACGCAGACUCUAGACCAGCUCUCUUUGAACCUCAGCCUCAGUCUCGACACCUCACAGUCACAAGUGGUUCAACCAAACCUGGUGGUCCAGUCGACACAGGUCCCUGCUACAGAUACACAAGGAGUCCAAUUCACCUCUUUGUCAGGUAAGAGUCAUUCGAUGCUCUUGGGUUGGUCCCAACCAUGUGAUCAAUCACACUACGUCAUGCUGUCAUCAGAGUUUAUUUCUUUAUAGUUUUAUUAUUGUUAUGGUGUGUCUUUUUCCUGCUUUUUGUCCUACUUACCAAACACACACAGUCAAAAUCUGUGGAUUGUCUUUAUUGGUGGUGUUGUUUUCACUGACAGCUUUGUUUUUUGGUUGGGUUCAGGGACAUCUGGUAGUUUUGUUGCUGAUAGGAUUCAGGUGAACACAAACACUUCGACUCCUGUAGUAGAAAACAGGUUCAUAGUGGACGCCCUGAUAUUUGUUCAAUUCUCACCAGGUGAGUACAGAAACAAACAGGUAUCAUAUCUUUGAAGUGUUUUGUGUAUCUAACUGAAAACUUUCCACUGUGAAAACUUUGAAAGCCAAACAUGUCUCAUGAAUAUACAAAUCUCUUUGUCUAGUGUCCGCUGAAGCCGUAAGCGAUCACCAAACGCCAUCGAAUGUCUCUCUGGGUUUUGUUCUCUACCAGAAUGACCGUUUCUUCAGGUCAAAGCUCUACAGGCGGAGUCGGGCCUCCAUCAGGGUGCUCUCAGGAAGCGUCCACGGUCGGGGGCGCAACGUAGUGCCGCAGCACGUGGAGAUGAUGUUCAGACCAAGAGUAAGAAGCCUUUUGGUCCACUUUUCAGACCUUGGUGUUUGUUUCCCAGCAGUUCGAAAAGUAAGAGUCCGUUCUGAAGCUGAAAGCCUGUGCUUGGUUUCAGAUGGUGGCGGGAGCAUCUCUGUACGACUUCGCUUGUGUUUUCUGGGACUACAGCGUGAACGACUGGAGCACGGCCGGCUGCUGGAAGGGAAACGCUUCAGAUGGAGUCCUUCAGUGUUUCUGUAACCACACAACCAACUUCGCAGCUCUUUGGGUGAAAACAAAUCUCAGUGGGUAACUCAAGAGCCGGAAAUAAGAAUUUCUGAAUCUAAACCCUGACUGUUUGUGUGUUUCAGUCGUUCAGAGAGGAUUACAAGUAUGCCAAAGCUCUGGAUCUGAUCUCCAUAAUUGGGCUCUCUGUCUCUAUUGUUGGUUUGGUUGUGACGAUAGUUCAUCACAUCUUUGAGAAGUGAGACUUUAUCUUUUAUUUCCUUCAAUUUACAGAUUCUCAGUCUAAAAGCAGCCUUUAAAAAAAACUAUCAAAUAAAACAAUAAAAGCAGGUCAAUCAGAACCACUGUCUGCCAUGGAAGAUUAUUUUGUCAAAUUUGGGGGUAUGGGUUUAGUCUGAGAGCUCCCUGCCCUUCAACAUGAGGAAGCCAAAGCCUGAGGCAUGGAGAGCAGCAGCAAAGGUACAAAACAGAGGAGGUAUCAUUCAGUAGGUUUACAUACUUGCAUGUUUACACGGACAAGGAGAGAAGUCCGAUUCGGCGCAAAAAAAUGAAUUAUGAGGUUAGUCCGAUUAAGCUGUGCAUGUAAACGUACUGACUGACUACAAAAAUAGAUGAAUAUAUGGGCUGCAGUUAGACUAACUGAUGUACUGUGGGCUGACCUUGACUCCUUGGCUUGCCUGGAUUAGCACCAUCAAGGCUCCACCAUCAAGGCACCACCAAGGCUGGACUAGGCUCCAUCAAACAUGAUUUCUUGUGACUCUAAAGCUACAAUGAAAUAUUGACCUGGUGUUUUUUUCUUCCCUGUCUCAGCUGUUACAGAGUGCCUGCCGGCCGUCAGAAAAACAGGAAGUCACAGGUGUCGCUGCUGUGUGUUUACCUCAGCCUGCUCACCUUCAUCAUCAUCUUCCUCAGUGGCAUCCAGAACUCGAGCAGACAGAGCAACAUUCAGCCAGAAGCUAAAAUCAACAUCAUCCCCCCCUCUGAUGAGCACGUGGAGUCAGAUGUAGGCACGUGCACAGCGACAGCAGCCCUGCUGCACUACUUCCUGUUGGCCACCUUCAUGUGGAACAGCUUAUACGGGAGCGAGCUGGUGCUGAUGAUCCACAGCAUGCGCCGCGGUCUUCCUUCUCAUUGGACCGCGGGCAGCUUGGCUGUGGGAUGGGGUAUGACCUUCAAAGAAAUAUUCCGGCGUUUCAUCAACAGUACAAAUAGCAUCCUAGCCAUCGCACUAGCCACCAAACAUCUUUUUAACUUUGCCUGAUUUCUUUAGCAAAGAGACUAAACACAACUCACCUACUCUCUUCCAGCAGCCGCUUGUUUGUAGCGAGACCUCCAGGCGAGUACAUCACUGCUUCAGUGUGACGCAGCUCAAGGAAGAACAUUUAUGAUCAUUCCUCGUGGAAAUGCAAUCAGACUGAGACACUAAGGCAGAAGAACUACCACGUCUGCAGUGCAAAAUGAUUAGUAUGGUGAUUAUUACUUCAAGGAAAUGAUAAAGAAAUGAUCAAAAAUGUUCUUCCUUGAGCUGUGUCACCCCGCUGCAGUCGAUGGACUCGCCCGCAGGUUUCCAUACAAACAAGCGGCUGCUGGAAGAGAUUAGGUGAGUUGUGUUUAGUCUAACAUCUAAAUUCACAUUAAAGCUUUUCAACUUCACCUGUCACCUUAGGGGUCCCGGCUGUUGUCAUGGCAAUCACUCUGGGCGUCACGUACAGGGUAGAGGACCCUUUGAAGUACAGACAGGAGGAAUUGUGGGUAUUUUAUGUGGUUUUACAUUAAAACUGUGUUGGUUGGUGAUCUGGGUUGAUGGCUGAUUUCUCCUUCAGCUGCUGGCUCGCCGCUCUAGAUAAAGACAAACGGUUCGACUUUGGAGCGCCAAUGUUCUGGGGUUUCCUCAUCCCUGUGGGUCUGAUCCUUAUCUACAACCUGGUCCUGCUGAUUCUGGUCUGUACAACCACCUGCAGGACCAACCCCCAACUCAAGAGGUAAGUUCAGCUUAGAGGUUGGACUAGACCAGCCCAUAUCAGCUGAUCACCUCCUUCACAUCCAGUAGGGGAUUGUCAAAAUGGGGGAUCUUCUCUUGAUGCCUGCUUUUUUCUGUUUCCCUCUCUGCAGUAGUAAAUCCUUUUCUCUGAAGAAGAAGGUCAUGGUCAGUUUCUCUCUGACGGUGAUCCUCGGUCUGUCCUGGAUUAUUGGGUACCUAGUCCUCGUCACCUCAGGUCACGCACACCUGGUGUUCAGCAUCAUCUUCUGCCUCUGUACAACCACACAGGUGAGUGAGCGUCAUCUCUUUCACACUUUAAACUAACUUACCUAGUUAGUCACCUCUGUACACCGCAGGAACCAUCAAGGUCUGAACGCAGAUGUUGAAUUUCAGGGUUUCCAGAUCUUCAUCCUCUUCACUGCAAGGACGCGGGCUUUCAGAGCAAGGUUGUCCCGUGCGGUCCGCCCCAUCAACAUCCCAAUGAAACACAGCCAUUACAGCCUGACCAAACACUCGGCCAGCAACACUGAAUCCAUGACUGAGUCCUACAGGGAGCUCUGGAUCCCUGAAGACCUUCAUCAGUUCUGUAAAAAAGAGUCGUAG